GUGGGGAGAGGAGCCAGAGACCGGAGAGACAGGAGCUGAGAAACGGAGAGAGAGAGAGAGAGAGACAGAGAGACAGAGAGAGAGAGAGAGAGAGAGAGAGAGAGAGACAGAGAGAGAGCGAGAAAGAGAGACAGAGAGAGAGAGAGAGAGAGAGAGAGAGAGAGAGAGAGAGAGAGAGAGAAAGAGACAGAGGCAGAGAGAGAGACAGAGAGAGCGAGAGAGAGAGAGAGAGAGAGAGAGAGAGAGAGAGAGAGAGAGAAAGAGACAGAGGCAGAGAGAGAGACAGAGACAGAGACAGACAGAGAGAGACAGAGAGAGAGAGAGAGGAAGAGGAAGAGAAAAAGAACAGGCUGUCUGCCUCAGGACCACUGCAUCUCCACUAAAUCUCUAGGCUGUCACACCAGCGCACAGCAGAGGAGAGGAGGAGAGAGCGGCGAAGAGUGAUUUCAAUAAGGACAUCAUUGGUACGUUAUCUGGGACAAACAUCGUCUGUCACAAAGAUCAAACUUAAAAAAGGAAAAGUAGGUAAAAGGAAACGUCAGGAUCAUCCAUUGGAUUGUCAGAUUGUUCCUGUUUCUCUUCGGAAAAAAACGUUGGAUUCUGUCUAUAUUCAGAAAAAAGUCAAGGCGAAAGAAGGAUAACCCGUACUGGGACUGUUUGCUCCCUAAAAGCUGAGUCAAUCAUUCAGUAGGAGUACAGGGGUGUUUCUGAGCUGGUUUCUCUGCACUACUCUCUCAUUCUGCUACUGAAGACACAUUUGGAGUAGGAGAGGAUUUCUCAAUGUCUGACACAUUCUUACUGACUGAUUUCCUACUCAAGUAUUUUUUUUGACUGACUGACGAACUGAGCUCGUUGCUCGUUGUUGCUGCUGUUUUUCUGCUACUGCACAACUCUCUGAUACCACUGUCCUGUCUGAGCAUCCUCCUUCUCCCCCUCCUCGGCACCUCUGUCCUCCUCUUCCACUUCUACUCUGCCAGUUGAUGUCUUUUCUCUGCAUACUCUCCCACUGCUCUGCAGAACAACACACUCAUGGUCGAUGCCAAGGACCGGAAAAUGAAAUGUCUGACCUUCCUCUUGAUGCUCCCAGAGUCAGUCAAGAGCAAGUCGGCGAGUUCUAAGAGCUCCAAAAAGACAGUUAACGUCGGCGGCGCCUCCGGGGGUAGUACCGGGUCCAAGCUGCCGCCGGUGUGCUACGAGAUCAUUACCCUGAAGAAGAAGAAGAAGAAGAUGGCAGCAGAUAUAUUCCCCAGCGCUAAGAAGCAGGGUGGAGGGUCGUCGGCCACAGUGCAGGAGUACCAACAACAGAACCUGAAUAAUAACAAUACCAUUCAGAACUGUAACUGGCAGGGGCUGUACUCUACUAUACGAGAGAGGAACUCUGUGAUGUUCAACAAUGAGUUGAUGGCCGACGUUCACUUUGUGGUUGGACAAACAGGAGGGACGCAGAGACUACCAGGACACAGGUAUGUUCUGGCUGUUGGUAGUUCUGUGUUCCAUGCCAUGUUUUAUGGAGAGCUGGCGGAAAACAAGGAUGAAAUCCGAAUUCCGGACGUGGAGCCUGCAGCAUUCCUGGCCAUGUUGAAGUACAUCUAUUGUGAUGAGAUAGACCUGAGUGCUGACACAGUGCUGGCGACGCUCUACGCUGCUAAGAAGUACAUUGUGCCUCACCUUGCCAGAGCCUGUGUUAACUUCCUAGAGACUAGCCUGUCCGCUAAGAAUGCCUGCGUCCUGCUGUCACAGAGCUGUCUGUUCGAAGAGCCCGAACUCACACAACGCUGCUGGGAGGUUAUUGAUGCUCAGGCAGAGCUGGCCCUGCGGUCGGAGGGUUUCACUGACAUCGACUCCCAGACACUAGAGAGUAUCCUCCAGAGAGAGACCCUCAACGCCAAGGAGGAGGUGGUGUUUGAGGCAGCUCUGAGCUGGGCCGAGGCAGAGUGUCAGAGACAGGACCUCACCACCUCCAUAGACAACAAGAGAAAGGUUCUCGGCAAGGCCGUGUUCCUGAUCCGCAUCCCCACCAUGGCUUUGGACGACUUCGCCAAUGGUGCCGCCCAGUCGGGCGUCCUGACCCUGAAUGAGACAAACGACAUCUUCCUGUGGUACACCGCUGCCAGGAAACCGGACCUCCAGUUCGCCAGCCAGCCACGGAAGGGGUUAUCUCCGCAACGCUGCCACCGGUUCCAGUCCUGCGCCUACCGCAGCAACCAAUGGCGUUACCGAGGGAGGUGCGACAGCAUCCAGUUCGCUGUGGACAAACGCGUCUUCAUCGCCGGGUUCGGACUCUACGGCUCCAGCUGCGGUUCGGCAGAGUACUCGGCUAAGAUCGAGCUCAAGCGCCAAGGCAUUCUCCUUGGACAUAACCUGAGUAAAUACUUCUCUGACGGUUCUAGUAACACGUUCCCUGUGUGGUUUGAGUACCCCGUGCAGAUAGAACCCGAUACGUUCUACACGGCCAGCGUGGUGCUGGAUGGGAGCGAGUUGAGUUACUUUGGUCAGGAAGGAAUGACAGAGGUGCAGUGUGGGAAGGUGACAUACCAGUUCCAAUGUUCGUCAGACAGCACCAAUGGGACAGGAGUACAGGGCGGUCAGAUACCUGAACUCAUUUUCUACGCCUAAAGGAACACAAUGAAAUGGAUAUUACCAUUACUGACUUUAGUAAAGUAAGGUAAAAGUUGCCACAAGUCGCUGUUGUUGGGUCAGAUUUACAUUUGCCCCACUAGUAGUUAAGGUUAGGAUUAGGGUAGGGGAAACUGAUCCAAGAUCUGUACCGAGAGGAAACGUCAUCCCUGGAGUGACUUUGAUGCCCAUGGAGAUGUGCUUGUUUUUAUAGCACUUAUUACUGACUUUGGUUUGAUGGGCGAAACAUGUCCAUGGCGAGGACUGAUUGGGAAUGGAUUGAUCUAGAUGACACUUCCUUUGCGAGUGCUGGCUGUCACCAUUGUGAUGACACACUAUUCCAUUGCUGACUUUGUACGUUCUAUAAAUAUUUUUCUUUUUCUCUCU